GGCGGCGACGCAGUCGCGGUACGGGCGACUGACGGGCGGGCGCUUUGCUGUUUGAAUGGCUACGGGCCCGGGCCCUGGCCCUCACCUCACCUGAGGACCAGCUGUCCAGGGGUGCGCUAUGCCGUCCGGUGGCGACCAGUCGCCGCCGCCCCCUCCUCCUCCUCCAGUUGCUGCAGGCUCUGAUGAAGAGGAGGAGGACGACGGUGAGGCAGAGGACGCCGCGCAGCCGGCUGGGUCGCCAACCCCUCAGAUCCAGCAGCGGUUCGACGAGCUGUGUAGCCGCCUCAACAUGGAUGAGGCGGCGCGGGCCGAGGCCUGGGACAGCUACCGGAGCAUGAGCGAGAGCUACACUCUGGAGGGAAAUGAUCUUCACUGGUUAGCAUGUGCCUUAUAUGUGGCUUGCAGAAAAUCUGUUCCAACUGUAAGCAAAGGGACUGUUGAAGGAAAUUAUGUAUCUUUAACAAGAAUCCUGCGCUGUUCAGAGCAGAGCUUAAUUGAAUUUUUUAACAAGAUGAAGAAAUGGGAAGACAUGGCAAAUCUACCCCCACAUUUCAGAGAACGUACUGAGAGAUUAGAAAGAAACUUCACUGUUUCUGCUGUAAUUUUUAAGAAAUAUGAACCUAUUUUUCAAGACAUUUUUAAAUAUCCCCAAGAGGAACAACCUCGUCAACAGAGAGGAAGAAAACAGAGGAUCAAACCCAGGGCCUUGUCUGUGCUAGGCGAGCGCUGUACUGCUGUGCCACAACCCUGGAUACAAGUUUUAUUUUGUGUUUCAGCAAGGCGACAGCCCUGUACCGUGUCUGAAAUUUUCCAUUUUUGUUGGGUGCUUUUUAUAUAUGCAAAAGGUAAUUUCCCCAUGAUUAGUGAUGAUUUGGUCAAUUCUUAUCACCUUCUUCUGUGUGCUUUGGACUUAGUUUAUGGAAAUGCCCUUCAGUGCUCUAAUCGUAAAGAACUAGUGAAUCCUAAUUUUAAAGGCCUAUGUGAAGAUUUUCACACUAAGGAUUUUAAACCUUCCUCUGACCCACCUUGUGUCAUUGAGAAACUCUGUUCCUUACAUGAUGGUCUUGUUUUGGAAGCAAAGGGAAUAAAGGAACAUUUCUGGAAGCCCUAUAUUAGGAAACUUUAUGAGAAAAAGCUCCUCAAGGGAAAAGAAGAAAAUCUUACAGGGUUUUUGGAACCUGGGAACUUUGGAGAGAGUUUUAAAGCCAUCAAUAAGGCCUAUGAGGAGUAUGUUUUAUCUGUUGGGAAUUUAGAUGAAAGAAUAUUUCUUGGAGAGGAUGCUGAAGAGGAAAUUGGGACUCUUUCAAGGUGCCUGAACUCUGGUUCAGGAACAGAGAGUGCUGAAAGAGUACAGAUGAAAAACAUUUUGCAACAGCAUUUUGACAAGUCUAAAGCACUUAGAAUCUCCACACCACUCACUGGUGUGAGGUACAUUAAGGAGAACAGCCCUUGUGUGACUCCCAUUUCUACAGCUACACAUAGCUUGAGUCGUCUUCACACCAUGCUGACGGGCCUCAGGAAUGCACCGAGUGAGAAAUUGGAACAGAUUCUCAGGACAUGUUCCAGAGAUCCAACCCAGGCUAUUGCUAAUAGAUUAAAAGAAAUGUAUGAAAUAUAUUCUCAGCAUUCCCAGCCAGAUGAGGAUUUCAGUAAUUGUGCUAAAGAAAUUGCCAGCAAACAUUUUCGUUUUGCAGAGAUGCUUUACUAUAAAGUAUUAGAAUCUGUUAUUGAGCAGGAACAAAAAAGACUGGGAGACAUGGAUUUAUCUGGUGUUCUGGAACAAGAUGCAUUCCAUAGAUCACUCUUAGCUUGCUGCCUUGAGGUUGUCACUUUUUCUUAUAAGCCUCCUGGGAACUUUCCAUUCAUUACCGAAAUAUUUGAUGUACCACUUUAUCAUUUUUAUAAGGUAAUAGAAGUAUUCAUUAGAGCAGAAGAUGGCCUUUGUAGAGAGGUGGUAAAACACCUUAAUCAGAUUGAAGAACAGAUCUUAGAUCAUUUGGCAUGGAAACCAGAGUCCCCACUCUGGAAUAGAAUUAGAGACAAUGAAAACAGAGUUCCUACAUGUGAAGAGGUCAUGCCACCUCAGAACCUGGAAAGAGCAGAUGAAAUUUGUAUUACUGCCUCCCCUUUGACUCCUAGAAGGGUGAGUGAAGUUCGUGCUGAUACAGGAGGGCUCGGAAGAAGCAUGACAUCUCCAACUUCAUUAUAUGAUAGGUACAGCUCCCCAACAGCCAGUACUACUAGAAGGCGGCUGUUUCCUGAGAAUGACAGCCCCUCUGAUGGAGGGACACCUGGGCGCAUUCCCUCACAGCCCCUAGUCAAUGCUGUACCGGUACAGAAUGUAUCUGGGGAGGCUGUUUCUGUCACACCAGUUCCUGGACAGACUUUAGUCACCAUGGCAACUGCCACUGUCACGGCCAACAAUGGACAGACAGUGACCAUUCCUGUACAAGGUAUUGCCAAUGAAAAUGGAGGGAUAACAUUCUUCCCAGUCCAAGUCAAUGUUGGGGGGCAGGCACAGGCUGUGACUGGCUCCAUUCAGCCCCUCAGUGCUCAGGCCCUCACUGGAAGUCUGAGCUCUCAACAGGUGACAGGAACAACUUUGCAAGUCCCUGGUCAAGUGGCCAUCCAACAGAUUUCCCCCGGUGGACAACAGCAGAAACAAGGCCAGUCUUUAACGAGCAGCAAUGUUAGACCUAGGAAGACCAGCUCAUUAUCGCUUUUCUUUAGAAAGGUAUACCACUUAGCAGGUGUCCGCCUUCGGGAUCUUUGUGCUAAACUAGAUAUUUCAGAUGAACUGAGGAAAAAAAUUUGGACCUGCUUUGAAUUCUCCAUAAUUCAGUGUACAGAACUUAUGAUGGACAGACAUCUGGACCAGUUAUUAAUGUGUGCCAUUUAUGUGAUGGCAAAGGUCACAAAAGAAGACAAGUCCUUCCAGAAUAUCAUGCGUUGUUACAGGACUCAGCCACAGGCCAGAAGCCAGGUGUAUAGAAGUGUUUUGAUAAAAGGGAAAAGAAAAAGAAGAAAUUCUGGCAGCAGUGAAAGUAGAAGCCAUCAGAAUUCUCCUACAGAACUAAACAAAGAUAGAACCAGUAGAGACUCCAGUCCUGUCAUGAGGUCAAGCAGCACCUUGCCAGUUCCACAGCCUAGCAGUGCCCCUCCUACACCAACUCGUCUCACAGGUGCCAACAGUGACAUGGAAGAGGAAGAGAGAGGAGACCUCAUUCAGUUCUACAACAACAUCUACAUAAAACAAAUUAAGACAUUUGCCAUGAAGUACUCACAGGCAAACAUAAUGGAUGCACCUCCACUCUCUCCCUAUCCAUUUGUCAGAACAGGCUCCCCUCGCCGAAUUCAGUUAUCUCAAAAUCAUCCUGUCUACAUUUCCCCACAUAAAAAUGAAUCAAUGCUUUCACCCCGAGAAAAGAUUUUUUACUACUUCAGCAACAGUCCGUCAAAGAGACUGAGAGAAAUUAACAGUAUGAUACGGACAGGAGAAACUCCAACUAAAAAGAGAGGGAUUCUUUUGGAAGAUGGAAGUGAAUCACCUGCAAAAAGAAUCUGCCCAGAAAAUCAUUCUGCCUUAUUACGCCGUCUCCAAGAUGUAGCUAAUGACCGAGGUUCCCACUGAGGUUAGUCCCUGGUAUUGAAACUGUCUUUCACAAACUGUUUUGCAGCAUCAUUUAAUGCAUGCUAGAUUAUGGAGCCCGUUUCCUUAAUCCAGCUAGUUAGAGUCUAUUAGAAAUAGGAAGGGGCAUUUUUAUGAGAACUAGACUUACUCUUUUCAAAUGUGAGAGGUCUCUUAACAGGUUCCAGCAGAGGAAUUGUAUUUCAAAUUCAUUCCUACCUGUUUGUGGUCAGCUCUAGUUCUUAUGAAAAGCAAAACAAAAUUUAAGUACUUCGUUCUCAAACAGGAGUGUGAAAUUUCUACAUUUAUGAAACAAAGGAGAUGGCUCAGAUUCCCCAGGUCACUAUAGCAUAAGUCUCCUGUCCCCUGUGGUGCACUUCUCCCCUUCCCCAGUAGUGUGGUGCAGUUGUGCAAUGUCUGAAUGAACCUGUAUAAGUGGCGGCACUUUAGGGCUGUAAAAUGCAUGAUUUUGUAACCCAGAUUUUGCUGUAUAUUUCUGAUGGCACUUUCUACAAUGUGAACUUUAUUAUUUUCUUUAACUCUUUUGUACUUUUUUAAACUGUUAUAUGCCCUAGUAGCCACCUUUUGGGCAUGCUUUUUAAAUUCUCCAGUUGUUGUUAUUUAGGGAUCAGCUGGCUAAGGAAACAUUUUUAAAUCAAGUUUAAUUGAAAGAAUUAAUAUGAAAAAUUAUGACCUCUUUAGGAGGUAGUUAUCCAAAAGACAUGUAAAAGUAUGUUCCUGGCAGUCUAAAAAAUAGGUUGGAGAAUUUAGGUUUUUAUUAGUACAUAGUACCAUUUAUACAAAUUAGAAAAUAUUAUUUAACAGCUAUUGAACUAUCUAUAUAUACACCUUUAUUAAUCACUAUUGCUCCAGCAGUUUUAAAGUUGAAUUAAUAAUCUUAUUAGGGAAAAAAUUCAAUUGUAAAUUGAAUCAGUAUAAACAAAGUUACUAGGUAACUUCAUAUUGCUCUAAAAGAAAUAUGGAACUUACACUGUUCAAUUAGAAUAGUGUUCUGCAAAAAUAUUUAUAAAAACCUCAAGAUACUGCUACUGUAAUUUUAUAUCAAAAUAAGUGUAUUUUUCAAUAAAGCAUUUAUAAAGUCA